AUGGCCGCCAAACCCUUCCUCGCGCUCCUUCUUGCCGGAGGGGCCCUCGCCAAUUCUUGUCCCGCCAUCAACUGCACCGAAGGCUCCCCGAUUAGCGACUACACGACCCUUCGCCUCCGGGAAGUCGGAGCUCGCAACACCUUGGACUGGAGGGUCUGGCUGCUCCGGGACGGAAGGCCCAUCUCGUUCUGGCACGAUGUACCCACCUACCCCGAUGAGUCUAACCACCAGAUUGUCAACAUGGUGGUGGAAAUUCCUCGCUGGACCAACGGCAAGCUGGAGAUCAAGAGAAGCGAGCCUCUAAACCCCAUCUUCCAUGACGAGAAGAAGGACCUCCCUCGAUUCGUGGAGAGUGUGUGGCCUCACAAGAGCUACCCUUUCAUCUAUGGUUCCGUGCCACAGACAUGGGAGAGCCCCAACUUCAAGCACAACUUUACCAACUACGAGGGUGACAACGACCCCGUCGACAUCAUUGAUAUCGGUAACGACCCUGGCUAUGUCGGGCAGGUCAAGCAGGUCAAAGUUCUCGGCGGCCUAGCUUUGGCUGAUGGCGAGGAGACUGAUUGGAAAAUGAUUUCCAUUGACGUCAACGACCCUCUUGCUGCCCUCGUAAACACCGUCGAGGACGUUGAGAAGUACCGACCUGGUCUUAUUCAGACCUACCGUGACUGGUUUACUUACUACAAGGUCGCCCGUGGUGACGGCGUGAUUCCCAUCGUCGGAGAUACCUGGCAGGAUGCUGAAUUCGUCAUAAAUGUGCUCGAGGAGAGCCACGGCUUCUGGCAGGACCUCGUGGCUGGCAAGGCGGCCGGCGAAUUCGGCAUUCCCAAGAGGGACGCGAAGCAAGCUGCCGCCGCCAUCCCGGAGAAGUAUACCUGGUGGUACUAUCUCGAUGCUGAUUACAAGCUCAUCGAGCUUCCCGGUUCGACCGCGUAG